GCCGGUUGUGGAGUGAUGCUGGUGGCCUAUGGCUGCCCUGGGCGGCUCGCUUGCUUUCGGCCAUUUGAUGCAACAGGAUUUACCGCAAAUACUUACCUUGGGUGCUGUUAUAAGUCUGCCCUGAUCGUGUGUUUUUUUUCUAUUUCCAUUUGUUUCGACCUGCUUAUUGUAGUUAGUGUAGGCUCGCCUCUGUUCCGAAUCGCGAACUUUGCGUGGUAAAUAAAACAGCUUCAGUUUCAGAAAAUUACGAGGCUUUUUCAGAACUAGGCUUGUUGGGCUACAAUUGCCAUUGCAUACCAUGUCGGAGGCAAGUGGGAAAAAGAAAUCUAUUCCCAGGACGUAUGGUGGGCGAUCUGGGAAGAAGAUUAAACCUGAUCCGGAUGAUGGAGCAGACGAGAUGGAAGAAGGUACUCCAGAAACUGAAGAAUUAGAAGCUCCCUUGUCGCCUGCACCUCGAACAGGUCUUCGAGUAAGAAAACUUCCUCUUGCAAGGGAAAACAAUGAAUCAAAUGAAGAAUCUGAUUCUGGAAAUAGCAAAAAGAAAGCUAAGGGUGGAGUUAAUAAUAACAAUAAUCAAGGCAGUGGGAAAGGUGCUGGUCGUAAGCCUGUAACCCCAAAGAAUGUUGUCGACCCUGUGUCAGAGAAUGAUGGCAAUACUGAGGGAGAAGAAGACCUUGGUGCCUUAGAUGGGGAUGUUGGCCCUAAUCCUUCAACACCUGUGAACGACAGUAAAUGCCAUCAUUGUUUUAAGGUCUUUGCAACCCCAGCUAGUCUUAAGAUUCAUCUGAAGACCUGUUCAGCUUUGACGACAGAUGGGAACAUUGGAUUGACUGUGAAUCAGGGUCUCAUUGUCCCUGAUCAUCUUGAUAACAUGCAUGGAGAUGAAAACGAUAUGCUAGCUGCUGAAAACAAUGUGAUGGAAGCAGGCAGUUAUUCUGCAGAAAUGCCUGUUGGAAAGUGUCAUUGUUGCGGGGAAGAUAUUGAUGGAGCUCAUGAGAAUGGAGAGUUUUCAUGCCACGACUGCAACAAGCAGUUUAAACUCAAGUCUAGUUUGGAACGGCAUCGGAGAGUGAUCCAUGCUGAAGGUGAUACGUACUCAUGCCCAGAAUGUAAUGCUCGCUGUCCUGACAAAGGAACACUUGCAAGACACAUGUAUACCCACACAGGGUUGAAGCCAUAUGAAUGUGAAAGAUGCAACAUCAAGUUUAGUAGAAAAUAUCAUCUGGACAGACAUGUUUUGCAAAGUGGUUGUGAUGGUAAUGCUCGCCCACAGUAUCCUUGCCAGGUCUGUGGCCGAAUGUUUAACCGGAAAGACAACCUCCGUGAGCAUCUGCGUGCUCAUGCUGGUCAGGUGAAACGAAAACGCACCUACACCUGCGAGAUGUGUGAGAAGGAAUUCCAAGGCACAACCCUACUGCAAAUUCACAUGAGAACUCACACUGGUGAAAAACCCUAUGCUUGCUCAUACUGCCCGAAAGUAUUCCCCUCUAGCAGUGCAAUGAAGAAGCAUACCCGUAUCCAUACUGGAGAGAAACCAUAUGAGUGCAAAGAGUGUUAUGCAAAAUUCACAGCUAAGGAGACCCUGAAUAGGCACAUGAGAACUCACACUGGAAAUAAACCACAUAGCUGCAAAUAUUGUGGCAAAACAUUCAUUCAACUCUCUCAAUUACGGGCCCACAUUUUCCAUCACACAGGCGAAAAUGGAUACACCUGUGAUAUCUGUAGCAAGGCUUUCAAUCGCAAGACACGUCUUGACCUUCAUGUUAAGUAUGUGCAUGAGGGGGCAAAGCCUUUUGAGUGCACUGAGUGCAACAAAACAUUUGUGCGACGUGAAGACAUGGCCCGGCACACUGUUUUGCACUCUGGUCUCAAAGCCCACAAGUGCCCAAUUUGUGACAAAUCAUUUGCCAUGAAAUCAUCUCUGAAGAUUCAUUUGCUGACUCAUACCAAGGAACCCCCCCGGUCAUGCGAUGAAUGUGGUCGUGCUUUCAUCCGUCAAGACUGCUUGCUGCGCCACAUGCGUACUAAACAUCGUGACAUGCUUGAAGAAAUUUUGGCUGAAGCAGAAAAGAAGAAAUUGCAAGCCCAGUUGCUUGUUGCUGCCAAUGACAACGAAGGGGAAACUGCGGGUCCUACCAGGACAAUUCCCAUUCCAGCUAAGCAUGUUUUGGAAGACGGUGCCCUUGCAGACUCUGUCCGUGAGCUUCUUACUUUGCUUGUGGAUGAAGCAACACUUCGGGCAUUUGGCUGGCCAGAUGCUCCAGUCGACCAGUUACUAGAAGCAGUCAUCCGACGAUGUGGUCAUCCUCCAGCUGGAUCUGAUGAUCUACCAUACAGUGACCGGCUACGUCACAAUGCAAAGCUUCUGUUCACUGUUGUUAUUGAUGAUACUGCAGUCAAGACGCUUCUUAAUAAUCAGACUGUAGAUGAAGUUAUAUUGCAUGUGCUGCGUCUUGCAAAGUCAUAGGAGAGAGGGUCUAUUGACAGCCCCUUAUGAGGGUGAAAGUAGAGUAAAUCUUAAAAAUAUUGAUUUUUGGAUGAUAAUUAUUUGUAGGACAUCACUAAUUGCAUUGAUAUCUUGGACUUUGUACAUACAUAUUUUAAAGCCCUAGCAAUAUUUUCCAAUACUUUUAGGAAAGAGUAAAUUUUUUUAUUGUAAUGAAUAUGCAUGUAUUUUCCUAAUUUGUCCAUAAACAUUGUAAGAAUGUUGUUCAAUUUGUUUAAUGUAUUAAUUAGCAUUGUAAGUGCCUCUUUUUGGAGCAAAUCAUAACAUUUCUGUCAAAUCAGCAGUAAAACAAAGUUGUAAAGCAGUAGGCUUCUAUGCUCUGACACUGUGUCUGCUAAUUAAGACUUGAAUCACAGGUGAUCAUUCAAUAUUUUCCCUGCAAAUGAGUAUUAUUUAGGUUUUUUCCCCUCUAAUCUUAUCAGUGCAUCUCAUGCUAGUUUUAAAGACACUGUCUUUACUUUUAUUUUGACAAAGUUAAUGUUUAUCUGAGCUUGAUGGGCUAUGCAUGUCCCCUUACUCAGUGGGUAUUUGUUAAUGCUACUUUGCAUUUGAUUUGUGUUUUAGAAGUUAGUCAUCAAUCAUAGAGGGACCUUGCACCUCAUGUCUGAAAUUACUAGCUGUAAUUUGAAAUAAUUUCAAGUGAGUUUCUUUUUCCCAUUGUUAAAAAGAAAGGUGUUAUGUGAGGUUGGCAGGCUCCAAUCCUAUUUUGUUAUCUUCUUCCAAUGAAUUGCAUAACAGCUACCUAUUUUCUCUUGUAUUUUCAUAUCUAACUUCUAAGUGAAAUUAUUAAAGUGUCAAACAUGUUGUAAUCAACCCAUUAUCUACCACUAUGAUAGUGCUUUGGAAUAGGUGUGUUCUGGGUGUUACUUCAGACUACAAUGGUUGGAUCAAUAAAGUGCUACAACUUUUAGUAAGAUAA